UAAUAUCAGAAAAACAGUAUAUAAACCUGUGGAUAAAAAGCAAAUACACUAUAGCUUCAUAAAAUUAUUAUUCUCUGAAUAUUGAGAUCGUGAUCUACUUUUUCCAGUUUAUACUUGCAUACGUAGAUAAUAUAUACUGUGAUUAAUAUUUAUCUGUUACCGUGUGAAUAUCAGCAAAAUUUCAGGUGCACGUGUUUGAAGUAAUGGUAUCUUGUGCAAAUAAUGUAGAGAUCCCAUAUGUGAAGUGUGUAUUUUGGGGAUGGAACUAUUUGCCUUUCUCCUGAUAUUCCUUUAAUUUCUCUACGUCUUCUGUUAAAUUUUUUAAGGACUGUGUGGACAUUUGGAUCUCUCCGUAUAGGUUUUCGGUGGUUAGUAAGGGAGGCGUCCGAUGCUAGAGCCCUUACGAUGUCUGGCUGGGCUCAAAGAAUGCAUCGUGGAGCUGCUACAAUAAGCAAUGUGGUCACAGCUUGUGGACAUACACCUGUCCCAUACCCUACUCGCAUGGAAAAAGUUAAAUUUGGAGUUCCUCUUGAUCAAGUCUGUAAACAUGAUAUACCUGGACCAUUAUUAAUCCUUAUUCUUAAACUUAAUAAAGAGGGUCCAUACAAAAAAGAUGUAUUCCGGGCACCUGGACAUCAAGGAAAUAUGAAGAAAUUAAUUCAUUUUCUCCAGCAUGGUCGUCUAGUCAAUAUAGAUAAUUUUUCAGUUUAUACAAUAGCAUCCGUUUUAAAGAAAUUUUUGAGAAAAUUACCUGGUGGAAUUUUUGGACCAGAAAAUGAAGAAGCUUUGUUUGAUAUCAUAGAUGCUGAUGGGCUAGAAGAAAAGAGAGAUAGAAUUCAUAGGCUCAUAACCUCCCUUCCUGUUGUUGCUCAACACCUUUUGGUGCUCUUGUUCGGUACAUUCCGUGCCAUUUCCAACUGCGCACAGAAAGCCCAAACUGGCAUGACAUCGGAAGCCAUAGGAGUCAGUGUGGCUCCCAGUUUCUUUCAGUCAUGUGUCAGUGAUGGUAAAAUGGCUAGAAUGGAAGAUGUUGUUAGAUUUAAGGCUCAGAUAUCGGUGGCAACACGAAUUAUGAAGUUCCUUAUUGAUAAUUUUGGAGUCACCAACUUAUUUGGGAAAGAAAACUAUGAGUACUAUGCCCGGAUGACUGGCAGAAUAUUUAAAGUUGAAGAGAACUGGAUAUUUGCAUUUCGCUAUCCUCCUGAGUCUCUAGUUUCGCGUAAUUAUGACUGCAAAGCCUCACUGGAAAUGGAGAAAACAUGGCUCCAACAGGAGGCUGAGAGAUGGGGCUUUAAAUUUAACUUAGAAGCAAUAUCGUCUCAAGAAGAAUGUCGAAGCACACCUGCCCUUAUCCAUGCAAGCGAAUCAAUGGUGCAAGGCGAUGGCCCACAGCUAAGUGGCAGUCUCACAAAUCUUGCCGAUACAUAUACUCGAUUGAGUGUUUCCUUGGAGGAGAAUGGUCUCUAUAAGGCUGCUUCUCCUUUGUCUUUUUUGGGUCUUGAUCCGGAUGAGCUGAAAGCCGUCAAUCGUUAUGCCGAGAGCACAAAAUCUUUGUCAUUUCUUCCCCAGGUUCACGAGAGGCAGACUGCCAGAAUGCGAACACGCUCUGAAUGGUUUCUCAAUCCUUCUCCUUGCCCUUCUCCUAUACCAAUUCAGGUUCCACCUGAAAUUGAUGAAAAUGAGGAAGUUGCCAUUAAGCUAAUGCGAACAAGUGAUUCCAAGCGGGGAUCCAAUGCCUCUUCAGUUUCUUCCAGUUCAUUAUUAAACACUGUUGGGGGUGGAAGUGACAAUCAACUAGUGCGGCGACCUUCUGGUAAAGGUAGUCGUCUUGUUCGACGGUCAUCUAGUAAGAGCAAGCGUGACAAAGAAAAUGGUGCUGGUGCAUCUGCAUCAACCUCUUCAAGCAAGAACAAACGAGACUCGGGGGUCAGCAAAGUGGUGUCUCUAGGAAGUUCAGUGUCAUCUGAACCACUUCCUGUUUCUGGUUCUAGUCCUGCACGAGCUAAAAUGAUGAACCGGCUCUCUAAUCCAGUUGGAAUAACGGAACAGGACUGCACAGAAUUGGAUGUUCAGUCAUUUCAUGUGACGCUCACUUACAAGCCACGGAUAUGACCAAAUGUUAUACCCUCUGUGUUUUUAUUUGUAUAUAUUUCUGCCGUUGAUUGUUGUUGAAUACUCUUGGCCCAAGUCUGAGGUGUGGUGUUAAAUUUCAUGAGCAUUCAUGAAGUUAUCUCUUUGUCAGCUGUGCUAUAAUUAUUUGAAAGUAUAGGCAUAUGAGUUACAAAGGAAUUAUGAUCUCAGAAAUUGACCAUUUGUCCACUGCCAAAGUGUUUUUAUCCCAUUCAUAAAAAUACUUAACUCUGUUUGUCAGUUUACUAAUUUGUUUUAAUUCUUACAUUUUUUAAAAAGAAAGAUGACAGUGUAUAUAAUGACGCAAUUUAAAAAGCACAUUUUUUUUUAAUUCAGUUGUGUGGAGAUAUUGAAGAAAAGUAAUUAUUGUAAUCACUUUCCUUAAUUCUACUUUUAUUAUUAAUUUAGUGAAA